AUGCCCUCUGAGGCAGAGAUUUCCGGCCACGCCCCGGGCCUCCGAGACUUCCUGAAGCAGGUCCCGGAGGGCCGGCGCUUGGCCCUCCUGGAGGACACCUACUCCCUGGCCAGGGCCACCGAGCUGACGCAAGACGCGAAGGACUUUGGUGCAGCAAAACGUCUCAGCAGCACUGGAGCUCUCGUCCAGCAUGUGGCUUGGAUCGAUCAGAACGGCCACUCCAGCCACGGAAAUUACAGUUUAAGACGGUUUAGAGUGGAUUGGGGUCGAUUGAAUCGAUGGUAUGUGCUGACCAUUGGGUAG